AUGAUACCUAUACCUCUUGUUUGUGAUGGUUAUCCACAAUGUCUCGAUGGUUCCGAUGAGCUGAAUUGUGAAGACUUCGAUUUUGUUUGCACCAAUGGUGACAUCGUUCAACGGUUCUCUGUAUGCGAUGGCCAUGAAGACUGUGCAGAUGAUAGUGACGAAUCCGGGUGUGAACCUCAAGCUAAGUGUAAUGAACCACAAUUUAAGUGUACCGAUGGUAGUUGUUAUAAUGAAUGGAGCCGAUGUGAUGAAGACGGUUGUGAUUUAAAAGAAUGCAAGAAUGGUAUGUUAGUACCAGAGAAGGAAAUAUGCAAUGGUUACGAUGGUUGUGGUGAUAAUUCAGAUGAAGAAAAUUGUUCUUCCAUUUCUGGUGGUUAUGAUAAUGAUUGUUUCAGAGACUUUAUGUAUCGGUGCGGUGAUGAAAAUUGUAUUGCUAUGGAGCAAGUUUGUGAUGGGAAUCCUGACUGUGCCAAUGGAGAAGACGAAGUUAAUUGCCGACAUUUUAAAUGCGCCAAUGGUCAAUUCGUUAGUAAAGACUCUAACUGUACGGGAUGGAAUGAAUGCGAUGAUGGUAGUGACGAACUUGGCUGUGCAUGUGAUGAGAGUGCUGAUGUGAGAUUUCGAUGUGAUAAUGGUCUUUGUAAGUGGUAUUAUGAUCGGUGUGAUGGACAUGACUCUUGUGGUGAUAAUUCUGAUGAGCAUAAAUAUUCUGGAGUGGUUUAUGUGGUGGAUGAUGAUGAUACAACAGAUGAUAUAGAUGAAGAUUUGCAGAUUGCUAUUGCUCGUUCAUGUGCCAACACUACUGAAUCUGACUCAAACAACUCAGGAUAUGGAAGAAUUAUGCAGAGCAUGAAUAAGGAUGACAUGUCACGUUGUCUUAGAUUGACAGAUGGUAUACCAGUAUUGUCAAAUAUAGGUUUUUAUGAAGAUGACAUUGAUGAAGGAAUUGUUAACAGAAAGGAUGAACUAGUGAAAGCCAUUAUGCAGUACUACCUCAUUGCCAAUGAAAUUGCAGAAAUAAAUCAAUUUGAAGUGAAUAAUGUAUGGAGUUUUUUAUGA